CCCUCCUCCUCAUCCCAUCAUGGCUCGGCCGACGAUCCUCCUGCUGCUGCUCGGCGUGGUCCUCGCCCUGGGGGCGGUCCACUGCCGCGACAUCCGCCAGCCCGCCGAAGAAGACGACGUCGGCGGCGACCUGGACCUGGUGGCUGCGGCCACGGGCCAUCACCACGAGAGCGGCGGCGGGGCCGAGCACCACGAGAAGCACGCCAAGAAGUCCGGCCAGAAGUCCGACAAGGGCUACAAAGGCGACCACCACCACUGGCAGGGCAAGAAGGGCCACCACGACAAGGAGGGCCACAAGGGCUACUACGACGAGAAGGCCGGCCACAAGAAGAAGCACCACGACGAGGGCGGCUUCUACGCCGAGCACCACAAGGGCGAGAAGGGCAACAAGGGCCACAAGUUCCAGGACCAAGGCAAGUACAACAAGGGCCACUCCACCAAGGGAAAGCACGAGGUGCACAAGCUGGACGAGUUCAAGAAGAACAAGAAGUUCUACGACGAGCACCACGACGAGGGCCACCACGCCAAGGAGGGCGGCCACCACGACAGCUUCAAGAAGUCCGGCGGCGGCCACUACAAGAAGGGCCACCACAAGUCCGGCCACGACGAGGGCCACAGCGGCAAGAAGGGCCACUCCGAGCACGGCAAGCACUACAAGGACCACAAGGGCCACAAGAGCAGCGGCGGCCACGAGUCCCACCACGGCCACAAGGAGGACUACGGCAAGAAGGGAGGCCACGAGGAGCACAAGAAGUGGGGGUACAAGAAGGGCCACCACUGAGGCUGCCCUGCCCUGUCAAACCAGUGUCCCAGUCAUGUCGAUGAGUGCCCGAGCUGAAGACGCAGUGCCCAGUCAGUUAUCUUCUGUAGUCUCCA